AUGCUCGGUCUCAAGCAAGUCAUCCUCCUGGCAGGAAGUCUGUCCACGCUAGCAUUGGCAAGUCCAUUGGAGAUGCGUGACGAUAACUCAUGCACGUUCCGUGUUGACUUGGUCAAUGCCUGCAAGCAGAUGUAUGGUGGAUCAUGGGACGUCUGCAAGGAUGCACGGCAUACAUUUGAUAUCCCGGAUUGCAAUGGCGUGACGGGCAAGAAGAAGAUCUGCGAGUACCAUCAGGUAGCGGGCUGCAAGGGGAAGUUCUGGGGUGGCUGUUGGAAUGAGGGUGAUGUUGAGCCGCCGUUCGCACCGCCGCCUACUGGAUGUUGA